CAUCGCACUUUCGAGCGCUGAAAGCGAAAUUUCAGUUUCAGUUUUGCCCAUAACGUACGCGUGUAAAGACGUAGCAAAGUAGAAAAGCUCCUCUCGAACGAUCGUAAGUGGAGAAUUGAUUGACGUGAAUAAAAGCACAAAAGCGAAAAAAUUAUAAAAUCUAUAAAAGGUUUCCCGAACCCUCCUAGCACCGUUAACGCAUUUAUAAAAAAUCGCAAACAUGUCUCACUCAGUGACAAUCACCAGAACGACCACCAGCACGACAAAUACAUCCUAUAUUGUACUUAAUACUGGAUACUUGAAGUCAUUCUCGGGUCUAUUAAAAUUAUUCGAAAUGCUGAUCGGCAUCGCCACAGUUGGCAUCUUCGGUUAUUAUUGGAGCGGAAGUGCCAAUUCGGCUGAAAUCUUCUUCUUCCUCAUGUCCACGACAUUCCUGAUAGGAACAUUUUGUCUGCUACUAUCCUGUUUAACGUCGCUCAGUACGGGCGGCAUUAUAGCCAAAACCAUUUAUGAACUCAUCUAUCAUAGUGUAGCGGCCAUUUUGUUGCUGGCUGCCUCAUUGAAUCUCGUCAUACAGUUGAACGACAGACACUUCCGUUGGGGUAAGCAAUACGAUGCCUACAUGGCUGCCGGUAUUAUGGGACUCGUGAAUACGGUGCUCUACUUCAUUAGCGCAUUCUUGGCUCACCGAUCAUAUCGCGGCAUCUAAAGUGUCUGUUGCCUAACCAACCGAAGCUACCGAAGUGGCAUCACUUCGUUUGCGUAGCUUUCCGAGGGUGUUCAUUGCUGGAAGUCGUCUUUUUUACUACGAUAAACUUAAGUUAUAUUAUAAUAAUAAGUUUUAUUUAAAUAUUUAGGGAGCACACAGUGGAAUAAACAUAAAUACAUAUUUACAAUUGUGUGAGCAUUUUUUAGUCACGCAGCAUGCACAAGUCCGAAAAGCAGAAACAGCAACAAUUCAAUAUAAAGCAAACCAAAAAUACUUACUAAACAUUGAAAUAAGUACUUUCAUACUGUUUCUUUUUUUAUAAAUACUCGUCUAUUAUAUAAUAUAUAUACAUUUGUUGCUAUGUAUGUAUAUUUAUAAAUUUCUAGCAAAAAUAAAUAUUUUGUGUGGAAUGUAUUUUUAUGUAAACAUUUUAAAUAAAAAGUACUCGAAAAAGA